UCCGCCGCUUGUCACACGAUCUCUAUCUCCCCGCCCAUGGCUGGCCGUUUGAAGCAGCUCAUUGGCAAUUUGCUGAAGCGAAGAAGCAAAUCCGAGCCAUUAUCCGGGUUUUCCGACAAGCCGAAGAAUCUUUGGACCCAUGAAAAUAUUGAAGAGUUGAGGAAGACUAUGAAUGAAGAACAGGUACAAAAGCUGUUAGAUUUGAAGCUUCAUGUUACGUUUGAUCCUGACAUGCCUUUGGAAAAGUAUGAGCUGAGUUACAAUCCAAAGGACUUUGAGCUAGGACACAAGGAGGGAAAGCCAAAGGGCAAUGAGGAAGAGGUGGAGCGAAAGGCGAAGGAAGGGGUUGUGGAGCAAAAGGUGGUUAGGCAAAAGGCGAAGGAAGAGGUGUUGGUGAUGGAGCAAAAGGUAGUCAAGCAAAAGGCGAAAGAAGAGGUGGUGGUGAAGGAGCAAAAGGUGAAGGAAGAGGCGGUGGUGGUGGUGGAGCAAAAGGUGAAGGAUGAGGCGGUGGUGGUGGAGCAAAAGGGGAAGGAUGAGGUGUUACCUGAUGAGUUAGAGAAGAAGGCCACUGAUGCAGCAGCUGCAGAUCAUCGUUGAACAAGAUCCAUGACAAUGGCAAGCUCAUUGGGCUAUCAAUGACAGACAAUUAGAUAAAUGACUUAACCUAUGAAGUUACUGAUGUAGGCUCUUUCAUUUUAGGUGAUGAAGUGAUGAUGGAUGUUUGUAAUGCUCAGACGUUUACCUGCAUUGUAUUAUAUAUCGUGUGUGAACUUUCAACUUCGAAUAUCUUUGUACUAGUUUAUCUCUGUACUAGUUUUAAACGCCAGCUUCUUAUCCAGGUCC